AAAUACUGUAUAGAGCCCUAAAUCCCUAAUUUGUGGAACCCUAAAGACUAGUCAAAACCAAAUCCAUUUUUAUACUUCCAACUCUUUAAUUCUUCUUUUGACUCUGCAAUUUCUAAUCGUUGAUACUCAAAUUCUCUCCCCUUUGAUAGCUGUUUAUGGUGGAUAGCCCAUCUUCUUUAUCUCUAACACCAAAACCGUAAACCCCUUACUAAAACCCCAAAUUUUCAGAUACCCUCUUCAUCGUCCAAUCCCUAAACAGGAGUUUUUCUUCAUUCUAAUCCUCCGUAUCUAUCUAUGGCUACAGACGCUUCGCCCAAGUUCCAAAACCCAGACUUCCGGCCAGUUCCUCAGCCACCAGAUUUUCACCCGGAAAUUGUCGUCAGGGCCCAUGACGGUCUCCACUUCUGGCAGUUCAUGAUUGCAGGCUCUAUCGCUGGUUCUGUCGAGCACAUGGCCAUGUUCCCCGUCGACACCGUCAAGACCCAUAUGCAGGCCCUCGGGUCGUGCCCAAUUAAGUCAGUUGGGGUCAGACAGGCCCUUAAAUCUAUAUUGAGGUCCGAGGGUCCAAUUGGGCUUUACCGCGGCAUUGGGGCAAUGGGACUCGGUGCCGGACCAGCCCACGCCGUGUAUUUUUCGGUUUAUGAGAUUUGUAAGGAGUUCUUCUCCGGUGGGAACCCCAAUAACUCUAUUGCACACGCUACCUCAGGCGUGUUCGCCACCGUAGCGAGCGACGCAGUUUUUACCCCAAUGGACAUGGUGAAGCAGAGAUUGCAGUUGAGUAAUAGUCCGUACAAGGGGGUUUGGGAUUGUAUGAAGAGGGUGUUGAGGGAAGAUGGGUUUAGAGCAUUCUACGCAUCGUACAGGACUACGGUCCUGAUGAAUGCGCCGUUUACAGCCGUGCACUUUGCGACUUAUGAGGCUGCCAAGAGAGGUUUAAUGGAGAUUUCACCAGAGAGUGUCAGCGACGAGCGUUUGGUUGUACAUGCCACUGCCGGGGCUGUCGCCGGGGCUUUGGCUUCUGCUGUUACUACACCUCUCGAUGUGGUCAAAACUCAGUUGCAGUGUCAGGGCAUUUGCGGAUGUGAUAGAUUCAAAAGUGGCUCAAUCAGAGAUGUUGUGAAAACAAUAUUGAAAAAAGAUGGAUAUAGAGGGUUGAUACGGGGGUGGUGUCCUAGGAUUCUUUUUCAUGCUCCCGCUGCUGCAAUCUGCUGGUCUACAUAUGAAGCCUCAAAAAACUUCUUUUAUGACUUAAACGAAGGCUCCAGCAGCGGCACUGUAACCUGAAUUGUUAACCUAUGAAGACAAAGUACAUUCUUGCAUUUCAUUACAGAUAUCUUGGCUCUGUAUAAUUGAGUUACAUGUACCGGUCUCACGGGUGUGGAGUAAGCAGAGGAUCAUCAAUUUUUUGAGCAAUUUUUAUAAUUGACCGCCGUCAAAUUUAAUCGGCGGUGCUAAUCAAAUUAGAUCCGGAGGCUUAAAUUUUGUUUGUACUGUAGACAUUUUGUUAGUUAUCCUUUUCUGCCUUGCUCGGUGUAUGCUUGAAUAAGCACCGAAGAGGUUUCAUUUAUUGUCUUGUUACAAUUUCCUUCUCUCUAUUUUUUGAUAAUUUGUUACUAUUAUUCUUAUUGACAGUAAAUUAAAAUUGAUACACCAUGUAUCAUACUAUAGUUCAUUAUCAGCA